AUGGCCCGCCGCAGCGCGCGCGGCCCCCGCCGCGGCCCCCCGCGCGCAGCGCGCCUGCCCACGGCCCUGUGGGCCGCGGCCGUGGCGCUGGCGUGGGCCGGCCGGCGCUGCGCCCCGGCGCCGCGCCGCUCGGGGGGCGGGGCCCGCGCGGCCGCGCUGGCGGCGCUGGGCCUCCCGCCGGGCAGCAGCCCCAGCGCCGCAGAGCUGAAGGCCGCGUUCCGGCGGGGCGUGCUGAGGUGGCACCCAGACCGCGUCGGCGGCGACGCGAAACGGCUGAACGGCGUCAGGGAUGCCUUCGAGCUGCUCGCCCGCGGCCGCGUCGCCCCCGCGCGCGAGGCCGGUGGCGCCCAGAGGCGGGGCGGCGCGCCCUCCACGAGCCGUGCAGAUGCCAGCGGAGCGCCGGCAGGGGAGGCCUGGAGGGAGCAGCUGGAGGACCUGGACGACAUUUGGGCGGAGAUCGGCUACAACCCCUACGACAGGACGCCGCCGCCCACGGCUGGCGAUCGCGGCGGCGCGGCGCGGCGGGGGGCCAAGGCCUCCGCCGCCGGGGCGCCAGCCCGGCCGAAGGCCCAGCCGGGCGCCCAGAGCCCGGAGGGCAGUUUGUAUGGGUUGCUCGGUGUCGCCCUCGUCGCCGGGGUCAUCUUCGUGGCCUUCGAUGUUCCAGAAGACCCAGGCGGCCGCGGUGAGGCCGCCCAGCAGCCCGUCGCGGAGCUCGCCGUCCCGGAGGGGAGCGGCUUCCUGCCCCCCAGCGCGGCAGUCCCCGACGCGCAGCUGGCUGGUGCGGCGAGGAGCACGGCCGCCCCAGCCAGCGGCCAAGUGGCGGGGCUGCGGCGAGUGCCAACCGCGCCGCUCCCGAUCACUCCGUAUAUCGAGGUCGUCCGCGGGUUGGAGUACUGCUUCGCGGCCGAGGCCUCCAAGGCCGCUGGCACUCCCCUGGUGCUGGGGGGCGCCGAGCUGUCCCCGGCGGAGCUGCGGUCGUGGGCCUCGGGAUCCACAUACGUGCGGCAGUACCUGCCCACCUCGCCCGAGGACGCCGACCUGGAGAUCCUCGAAAAGCUGUGGCUGACCGAGGGCCGCGGCGUGCGGUCUACCAUGCUCGCCGACGCAGUUAUGGCAGCGCUGGACCAGACGUUGCCGUCCGGGAAGCCGAGAUUCGCCGCGGUGGCGGUGAUCGUGGCGGCGCCCGAGCUGGGCGACACCGAGGACAAGCUGCUAGGCGCUGGCGAUGGCGAGCUGCGCGCGGUGCUGACGCCCCGCCAGGCAGUUUUCACCGAGUUGGAGGUGUCCGGCAGGCCUGCGGUGCUGCUUCAGCGCCCGUCCACAGGGCAGAGCGUGGUGAUGCUUGGAGCCCUGCCCGGCCUGUCGCAGGCGCUCAUGGGCACCGGCUCGCUGGCCGACUCGCUGCCCCAGCUGGCCGAGCUGCUCGCCCAGUACGAGCCAGUCGCCUUCGUCGUGGAUGCCUCGCGCGCGGCGAUGGAGGAGCUGCUGGACGAGCUGCGCGGGCGUGGCCUCUCGGGGGCUUCCCUGGAGGGCGCGGUGCGGCCGUCGGAGCUCGGGCCGCAGAGCUUCCCGGUGUCCGCGCCCCGCUGGCCCUCGCGGCGCGCGCGCGCGGACCGCGCGCGGCGCGCGCGCGGGGGCGAGCUGCCCCAGGCGCGCCGCGCCGCCUCGACGCCGCAGGGACUCGCGGACGCCCCGCCGCGGGCGGUGCUGCACGGCCAGGACAUGGCGGAGCAGAAGAAGAAGAAAAACAAGCAGGGCGCUGAAGGAGGCCAGGACAAGCUGCUGUCCAUCCAGCCAGAGGAGACCUCUAAACCUAUCGAUACCUCUCGGUGGCCCCUGCUGCUCAAGAACUACGGCAACAUGCUGGUGCGCACCGGGCACUACACGCCGCUGCCGUUCGGCUGCUCUCCCUUGAGCAGGGCAAUAGCGGACCACAUGCUGUACGGAAUCAUCAAUCUGGACAAGCCUGUGAACCCAUCCAGCCACGAGGUCGUGUCUUGGAUCAAGCGCAUCAUGAAGUGCGAGAAGACUGGGCAUUCUGGAACAUUGGACCCCAAGGUGUCGGGUUGUCUGCUCGUCUGCCUGAAUCGCGCGACCCGCCUCGUAAAAGCGCAGCAGUCUGCUGGCAAGGAAUACGUCUGCAUCGUGCGAUUCCACUCCGACAUCGGCAGCGGUGCUAAGGUGCAGCGGGCCCUUGACAUGCUGACGGGGGCAUGCUUCCAGCGCCCACCCGUCAUCUCCGCGGUGAAGCGCCAGCUGAGGGUCCGGACGAUCUACGAGGCCAAGCUCAUCGAGUACAACGCGAAGCGACAUAUGGCGAUUUUCUGGACAUCCUGUGAGGCGGGCACGUACAUCCGGACGAUGUGCGUCCACAUGGGCCUCAUAUUGGGCGUGGGAGCCCACAUGGCGGAGCUGCGUCGCGUGCGCUCUGGGGUGCUGGACGAGAACAAGUACAUGGCCACGAUGCAUGAUGUCCUCGAUGCCCAGUUCAUGUAUGAGAACCUGCGCGACGAGAAGUACAUUCGGCGCGUGGUGAUUCCUCUGGAGUUUCUCCUCACGACGUACCCGCGCCUCGUGGUCAAGGACAGUGCCGUCAACGCCAUUUGCUACGGCGCGCAGUUGAUGAUCCCUGGGGUCCUGCGCUUCGACAAAAAUAUCGAAGUGGGCUCCGAGAUCGUCAUGAUGACCACGAAGGGCGAAGCGAUCGCGACAGGCAUCGCCCAGAUGACGACAGCGGUGAUCUCGUCUGUGGACCACGGCGUUGUGGCGGUUAUCAAGCGUGUGAUCAUGGAGCGCGACACCUACAACAUGCGAUGGGGCUUCGGGCCUAGGUCGAGCGACAAGAAGAAGCUGAUCCUCGCCGGGAAGCUCACGGAGAAGGGGAAGCCCAACGAGAAGACGCCCCGGGCCUGGCUGCUGGGCCAGGGCAGGUGGAGCUGGCUGCCCAAGCUCACCGCCGGAGGUGCGGAGGAUGAGGCCGUCGAGGAGCCCAAAGCGAAGCGGAAGAAGAACCCCGAGGCCGAGGAGGCCGCUGGCGAGGAGGAGGCGGAGGAGCCCAAGAAGAAAAAGAAGAAGGACAAGCAAUAGGCCGCGGACUGAGGGCCCGCCGGUUCGGCGGGGCUCGGGCCGCCGCGCGCGCGCGCGCCAGGCCGACCCCCCCUGCGGGCCGCUCCCGCCCGCUGCCGCCCGUCGGCGGAGGGGUAGGCGGCCGACCUGGGAGAGCCCGCCGGCGGCGGGCGGCGCGCCGGAAGCGGCGCCCGGGCCUCGUGCGACGGAGCGCCGAGGAGGACGGGAGGUGCCAAGGUAGCGCCAGGCGUGCGUGGCGAGAGCAGCGCGCCGUGCCACAAGCAGCGUGCCACGCCAGCUGUCAGCGGCACAGCAAGGCGCCCAGGCUUCUCGGAUCGGCGCUGGGCCACCCCACGCUCUGCUUUUGGACAGUUCUGGUGCUCCU